GAAGGUUCACAAAUGACGAUUUUAAUUAUUGGGUGUUGAUUAUUUAUAAAUUAAACUGUUUUAUUUGUUUGGUAUUAGUUUUUGCUGAAUGUGUAUAUUUGGAAGCUAACAAGUAUGCCUUUGGCAAACGCCGUCGACCCAUGGCGAAUGCAAAAUGUUGGAGAUGUCACGCGUGGUGCGGGAAUACAGGCUACAAACAGUCUUCCAAUGGUCGUCGAAAACUUGUCAGAAUCUAGGCAGACCUCUACGACAGAAAGCCUAGAAUCAUGCACAUCAAAUGACAGCUUUGAGAGGGAGGUUGAACUGCAGGAGGUUGUUAAGGAAGGCCAUGAGAAAGCAGAUCCAUCCCAGUUUGAGCUACUCAAAGUACUUGGAGAAGGGUCAUUUGGAAAAGUAUUCCUGGUCCGAAAAGUUAGUGGCUUAGAUGCUGGAACACUCUAUGCAAUGAAGGUACUUAAAAAGGCUACAUUAAAAGUAAGAGACAGAGAACGUACAAAGAUGGAGCGGAAUAUUUUGGUUGAAAUGGGUCAUCCGUUCAUUGUGAAAUUACACUAUGCAUUUCAAACAGCUGGCAAACUGUAUUUAAUAUUGGACUUUUUACGUGGUGGUGACUUAUUUUCACGUUUGAGUAAAGAGGUAAUGUUCACAGAGGAAGAUGUGAAGUUUUAUUUAGCAGAAUUGGCAUUAGCUUUAGAGCAUGUGCACAAAUUGGGAAUCAUAUACAGGGAUUUAAAGCCGGAGAAUAUAUUGUUAGAUGCCGAUGGUCAUAUAGCACUCACUGAUUUUGGACUGUCCAAGCUUCCACCCAGUAGUGAUAAAGCUUAUAGUUUUUGUGGCACAGUGGAGUACAUGGCACCAGAAGUUGUUAACAGGAAAGGACACACAAUGGCUGCUGAUUGGUGGUCGUUUGGAGUGCUAAUGUUUGAGAUGCUAACAGGCAACCUUCCGUUUCAUGGUUCAACUAGACAUGAGACCAUGACUCAAAUAUUGAAGGCUAAGCUUGGUAUGCCCUCCAAUUUGAGUGAAGAAGCCCAAUCGUUGCUGCGCGCGCUCUUUAAAAGAAAUCCACAGAACAGACUUGGGGCUGGCCCCAAUGGUAUCGAAGAUAUAAAGAACCAUGAAUUCUUCAACAGCAUAGAAUGGGAUGCUUUGCUUAAGAAAGAGAUAGUACCGCCCUUCCGUCCGGCGGUGUCUCGCGCGGAUGACGCGUUCUACUUCGACUCGGAGUUCACGUGCCGCACGCCGCGCGACUCGCCUGGCGUGCCCGCCUCCGCGAACGCGCACGAGCUCUUCAGAGGUUUCAGUUUUGUUGCGCCGUGUCUUCUUAACGAUGAGGGUGACAAAACUCUCACUAGUCAAACCCAAAACCACACGGCACAACCCAAAACGUCUACGGAGGACUUUUGGGCUGGCUUCGUUAACAGAAACAAUUUCUUUGAUGAGUACAGAUUAAUGGGUGAAUUGGGCACGGGCUCAUUCUCAGUGGUUCGACUCUGCGAGCACAAAGCUUCAAAGACUCAGUAUGCAGUCAAGAUUAUGGACAAACUGCAGUACGAUCCACGAGAAGAGAUUGAGAUUCUACUGAGAUACAGCCAACACCCGCAUAUAAUCACGCUGCGCGGCGUGUACGCGGAGUGCGGGCGCAUACUUGCGGUGACGGAGCUGUGUCGCGGCGGCGAGCUGCUGGACCACAUCACGUCGCGCCGCUACCUGCCGGAGCGGGAGGCGGCGCCGCUGCUGCGGAACGUGUUGCAGGCGGUGCACUAUCUACACGCGCACACCGUGGUGCACAGAGACAUCAAGCCGUCGAACAUUCUGUUCGCGACGGCCGAGCGGACUCCGGCCGACAUUCGUCUGGUCGACUUCGGCCUGGCGAAACAACUGCGGGCGGAGAACGGGUUAUUAAUGACGCCGUGCUAUACCGCCAACUUCGUAGCGCCUGAAGUGCUCAAACGGGCUGGAUAUGACGCCGCUUGUGAUAUAUGGAGCUUAGGUGUUCUGGCGUACAUAAUGUUGUCGGGGCGCACGCCGUUCGCGUCGACCGGUGAUGACACGCCAGAGGCUAUACUCGCCAGGAUCGAGUCCGGAAAGGUGGAUCUAGAGACGGGGGCGUGGCGUUCCGUAUCCGUGGAGGCUCGGUCGUGUGUCCGCCGCAUGCUACAACUGGAGCCGAACCGGCGUCCCCGCGCGGCAGCCCUACUGCGAGAGGCGUGGCUAAGUCGCCCUGCCCCCGCCGCGCCCGCGCCCGUCCCGUCUGAAGACGCCCCUGCACCCGCUGACCUGCGCAGAGCCGUGGAUCUCACAUUCCAGGCAAUGACCUCCGCCCCAAUGACCCCGCACGUGCUCGGCCCGGUCACCCAGUCGACGCUCGCGCAGCGCCGCAUCAAACCGCAACGUCGAUUUCCGCCCACACAAGUCUAAACGUGAUAUACCAAAGGUGUUGCCAACUGAAGGUUUUGCCACUAAUGCCCGUAUAAGUAGUCUGCUCUUAAGACAUAAGAGCAAAGAGAAUAUAAACUACGUAACAAGAAGUGGGACUUAGAAGACAAAAAUACAAUUCGAUUUGAUUUGAUUCAAGAUCGACUGUGAUUGGCUAAUUUUUAAGCAAGAUCGACUGUGAUUUCCUAAUUUUAAAGCAAGAUCGACUGUGAUUUCCUAAUAUUAAAGCAAGAUCGACAGUGAUUGGCUAAACUUCAAUAACUGACGUAAUUUUUUUUCUAAGUCCCCUGUCCCGCCUCUUUUUAAAUUCUCUGUGCUCUACAAGUGUCAAGAGCAGACUAUUUAUACGGG